CCAUUAGCUGAUAACAUAGCGUGGAUAACCUAACCAUAAAAAACAAAACAAAUCGAUUUUGCAGAGAUGAACUUGGAACUGUUAGAGUCAUUUGGUCAAAAUUACCCAGAAGAAUUUGAUGGCACAUUAGAUUGUAUAUCCCUUGCUGUAACCUGUACAUUUAAUAAAAGAGGGACAUUACUUGCUGUGGGCUGCAACGAUGGAAGAAUCGUUAUUUGGGAUUUUCUGACUCGAGGUAUCGCUAAAAUUAUUAGUGCUCAUGUACAUCCGGUAUGUUCAUUGAGUUGGUCUAGAAAUGGUCAUAAAUUAUUAAGUGCAUCCACAGACAAUAAUGUAUGUAUAUGGGACGUUUUAUCUGGAGAAUGUGAUCAGAAAUAUAGAUUCCCUUCUCCAAUAUUAAAAGUACAGUUUCACCCGAGAAAUCUCAACAAAUUUUUGGUAUGCCCAAUGCGCCAUGCCGCCGUCAUGGUCGAUGUCGAAGGAACACAUAGAGUUAUACCACUUGAUGAAGACAGUGAUUUAAAUAUAGUAGCGUCAUUCGACCGACGCGGAGAUUACGUGUAUACAGGAAAUGCUCGUGGUAGAGUUUUAGUUCUUGAUGCUGAGACGCUAAGUGUAAAAGCCUCUUACAAAAUAACGCAAGGUACUGCUAGUAAUACAGCGGUAAAAAGCAUAGAGUUUGCACGACGAGGCUCCUGUUUUCUGGUCAAUACCGCUGAUAGAGUAAUUCGCGUAUAUGACAGUACCGAAAUAUUAGCGUGUGGCAAGGAUGGCGAACCCGAGCCGAUACAAAAACUGCAAGAUCUUGUAAACAAAACAAUGUGGAAAAAAUGUUGCUUCUCGGGGGAUGGUGAAUACGUGUGCGCUGGGUCAGCGAGACAACAUGCGUUAUACGUAUGGGAAAAGAGUAUCGGAAACUUGGUGAAAAUUUUACAUGGGACCAAAGGCGAGCUUUUACUCGACGUUGUGUGGCAUCCAGUGAGGCCGAUAAUCGCAUCCAUAUCAUCAGGCGUAGUUUCUAUUUGGGCACAAAAUCAGGUAGAGAAUUGGUCUGCGUUCGCGCCGGAUUUCAAAGAGUUGGAUGAAAAUGUUGAAUACGAGGAAAGGGAAAGUGAAUUUGAUUUGAGCGACGAAGAUAAGUCUGUCGUACAAGGAGAAGAAGCUCAGGAUGAGGAAAUAGAUGUCGACGUUGCAUCAAUUGACAGAGUUGCUGCAUUUUGCAGCUCCGACGAGGAGACUGAAGAUAUCGGCUCUCUUCAGUUUCUACCUAUAUCUCCAGAUGUGGAAGAUUCGGAGGAUAAUCAAGUAACGCCACACGAACCGCCAAUAAAGAAACAUCGUUCACACGAUAUAGAUUUACAGGGGGCACCGAUCGAUGAAACUCAUCCCUUGCUAAAUAAAGGAAAGGAUAAGCCGACUACGAAGAAGGGAAGACCAAGAUUAGAGCACAAAAAGGGAAAAUGAUUUAGUAUGUGAGAGAGAUAUUGGUAACGAUAAAAAAAAUUAAUUUGUUAUUUAUAAUAUGAUGAAAAAUGUUUGGCACGUUCGAUACGUUUUGAUAAAAAUUCAAAUGUAUGAUAAACGUAAUGCGAUUUCAACUAGAAAUCAUAAAUUUGGAAUCUUAAAUCUU